AUGACAGAAAGGGGGAGAAAAUAAACUGAUUUUCAAAUGUCAAAAAUGCUUUAAAUGUUUACGAGGUGUCGUGAUCUGUCGUAUUAUUGUUGAUAGAAAGUUGAUUAAAAAAUAUAAAAGAAAAACUAAGUGAUAACUAAUCAUCAAUGGCAUCAGACUGGCAGUGUGUCCCAAAAGACUACGAAAUCAAUAAAAACGUCCUCCAAGGGUACUUCACUUAUGAGCAUCCCUUAAAGCAAAUGACGGUUAUAGAAAGUAAAGGAACUCGAAGAUCAGGCAAUGGAAGUUUGUCGAGUAGUCGGACUUCAUCUACUUUGUCACUCAUCGAUCCGUUGGGAAUGGCAUUGGAUGGAUCAGAUCCACUUUCUCAAUUUGCCCGACAAGAGCAGGAACUAAUGGAUCCCUUGUCACAAAUGGCUACAGAUUAUGAGACCUCCUUUAAAAAGACCAAAAAACGUGAAAAAGAUCGCCACAGUGAUGAGGAAAUAAUGAAUUGGAAUGUAAAGCGUUUAGGAAUUUUAAACAAAUACAUUACCUCCGAAAAGCUGUCAAUAUCUACAAGCUUUUUGACGGGAGGGGAAUUAAUCAAAGCUCAAACAAUUGUGUCGGAUAAGGUGAAAUAUCGUCUAGAACAGCUUGAUGACUUUGAGGAUGGUUCUAUGAGACACAUGAUGAAUUUGACUCAACAAGAGUAUAUUCUUCGCAUAGAACAACUCAAUCAGGAGCUAGUUCAAUCAUGGAAUGGUGACCAAAGAGUAAAAGCCUUAAAGAUUGCAAUUCAAUGUGCCAAAAUGUUGGCUGACACUUCGGUGUUGCAGUUUUAUCCAAGCCAAUUUGUGUUGAUCACUGAUAUUCUGGAUAUUUUUGGAAAGCUAGUCUUUGAGAGGUUGCGUUCUAAAGCCGAUUGUGCCGAGCAAGGAAAACGAAUUGUAACAGAUAAAUUUUCACACGAAACAAUGCGAGAGAAUGCAAAAGAAACCUGUCAAAAUUGGUUUUUCAAAAUUGCUUCAAUUAGAGAACUUUUACCUAGGAUCUAUGUUGAAAUGGCAAUUCUUAAAUGCUAUAGUUUCAUUUCACAAAAUGAGUAUGGACAAGCUUUGAUGAGAAUAACUAAGAUGAUACGCGGAAUUGGGGAUCCAUUAGUGGCCACUUACGCCAGAUGUUACUUGUUGCGUGUUGGCCUCACAAUAUCUGUUGAAAAAACUUAUAUUAAAGAAAAUUUUAGUGAUUUCUUGGCUGUAUACCAUACCAUUUUCAAUGGUAAUAUACGUUCAGAAAUUAAUCGCCAGCGAAUUGAUAUGACAAUCUAUUUGUCACUCUAUACACCUGCUUUAGAUUGGAUACUUCAAGCGCUUGUUAGAAAGUCUGAUGAAUAUUGUGAUGAAAUUUUAAAGAAAUGUAAAGAUACUAAAAACAAUGGUCUACUGCAAAUAUCAAUGCUCAAUUCAUUGAAACCCGAAUUUAUUGCCAUCAAUGCCUUGGAGUUUGUCAAUAUUAUAUCGAAUUCGUCAACAGAAGGCAUCUCUAAAGGUCAGCUAUUUCGAGCUUUAGGAAAUAAUUUGAAUAAAUGCCCUCCAUCGGCAGAAAACAAGGAAGCUAUUUACAACAAUGCAUUUACUACUAUCAAUACAUUCACACAACCAACUGAGUAUAUAAAUUGUGUAGAAAUGUGGGCACAAUUUACUGUGGAGCAUUUUCCAAUGAGAGAUGUUAACAAUCUUCUUGGUGAAAUCAAAAUCAGAAUGAAUCAAAAUAAAGCUUAUGAAAACCAUUAUCCUCAACUACAAUCGAUUGUAGAGAAAAUUGUUAGGCAUUGCAAGGAAUUUGAAAUUCUCUUAACAUUGGAUAAUUUUCUACCCGUCUUAGACCUUUUCAAAAAAGAAUCAACAAAAAUUGACGUUUGCAAACAUAUUAUGACGACGUAUAAGAAUAAUGUUGAGACUACAACUUCGGAUGCAGUUGUUAGCAACGCGCUAAUGUAUAUUUGUAGAGUCUUAAACGAUUCAGUAACAGCUCUAACAGUGGAAGAUGAACGUCGUCAAAUCGGCAGUCUUAUAUCGAAUUUUGUCAAAAACGUUAAUUAUGGACGAGACUUCGAACAGCAGCUAACAUUUUAUGUUGAGUCAAGAGCUGCAUUUCCCAAUCUAGACGCAGUAAUUACAACCUUAGUGCAUUCCGUCAACAAGCUUGCAAUUGAAACACGAACCGUCAUUAACGGACAGCAUACUCGAAAAACAGCAGCAUUUGUUAAGGCAUGUGCUGCUUAUUGUUUCAUCACCAUUCCUAGUAUAGCAUCAGUUGCCACACAAAUGGAUUUAUAUCUUCUAAGUGGACAGGUUGCUUUAUUAAAUGUAUGCCUUGGACAAGCUGAUGCUUGUUUUGAAACUGCUCUCCAGCUUGUUGCCGAACUUCCACGCACAAUUGAAAUCGAAGGAAAACUCAAGAGUACAGAGGGAUAUUUAGUUUCAUAUCUGUGCAAUAUGCUAUCAACAUUGAUAGUUGUUCCAGAUAGUCCAGAACAAGGAGUGCUUUAUUUGCUUCGAUUACUUCUUGACGUUCUAAAAAAGUUCCCCUUCGACUUGCACAGUAUUGGACCAGUAACUGUCUAUUUGCAUGCAUUGGAUAUGUUAUAUAUUGAGAGUUUGGAUUCCUUUCCAUAUCACAUUCCGAAUGUUGUUUCUAACGACGGCCUCUAUGGCGGUGAUUUGAAAUUUAUAACUGAAGUAAAUUGCAUGUGUGCACAAAUAGUUGAACAUAUUCUAAGUCAAUUAAAAUCACUCGGAUUCGCCAAUCAAUUGAAAGCUCAAUCGACUUUGGCUUUGGAGCUUCUAUUGCGAAUAAUACGUUAUGCAGAUAUUACCAGAGAAAAAACCUUUGCUCUUGCUGUUAAUUUAUGGAAUCUAGCCAUCAAACAUGAAGGAAAUGCUGAACCAAAAACUAUUGCAAUGACAAUUAAAUGUCUUGAAGAUGUUAAAAAUCUGACCGCUAACGAAAGCCGAUCUCAAAAACUAAAUGAACUGCUUAUUCGAAUGAAGACAAAAUAAUUUAUUUUAAAGAAAAUAAAGUAUAUUAUUAUUAUUAUAUAUAUUAUAAAUAAACGAACAAAAACGCAAUAAAAACCAUCACAAAAUG